AGUUGACGGAGUUGUUAACCAGAUUCAACUCGAUUGGAUCAAUUAACUCUUUACCCCACUUGAGGUCCGGUGUAGAUUUCAAAACAUUCAUGUACCGCGGGUGCUGACACUAGUGGAUGGGGGUGCCAUCUUCUUUUUGUGGUAAACGAGUAACUGGCCUCUGUGUCCUUUCGUCAGCGUCCUUGCCAUUCCAUUCUACUUCAAAUUUCAUCAAAGUCAUCUUUAACCAGUAUGUAUCGGUUACAAGCUCUCACACAGCAGAGAUGCAGAGCAACUCAGACUGCCUUCACUUAUCUGGGUUCACUAACAUCUGCCAGGUCCAACCAUUCCCGUUCCUAUGCCGCUGAAGAAGUGGCAAGCAGAACUAGCAAUUCAAUACAAUUUUCAACUUUAAAGGUUGAAGAAAUCUCGGGCUCUCAUCCUGCUGAAGUGUGCAACUUGGUGCAGGGAAAUUGGAUAAGAUCUUCCAGCUGUAACACAAUAUUGGAUCCCCUAAAUGGGGAGUCAUUUAUAAAAGUUGCAGAAGUACAAGAAGCAGAGCUACAGCCUUUUGUGGAGAGCAUGUUGAGGUGCCCCAAGCAUGGACUACACAAUCCAUUCAAAGCACCAGAAAGGUAUCUAAUGCUUGGAGAUGUAUCUGCAAAGGCAGCUCGUAUGCUAUCGUUGCCCAAGGUUUCUCACUUCUUCACAAGGUUAAUACAAAGGGUGGCCCCUAAGAGUUACCAGCAAGCUCUUGGUGAAGUUAUUGUCACCCAAAAGUUUUUAGAAAAUUUCUCUGGUGAUCAGGUCCGUUUUCUGGCGAGGUCUUUUGGAGUACCUGGGAAUCAUCUUGGACAGAUCAGCCAUGGUUUUCGCUGGCCUUAUGGUCCUGUAAGGUUUUAAAUACAAAUAUUCUCAUUUCAGAUUUCAGAGCAAUAGAAUGUGCAAUAGAGAGUCAUGGUGAUCAUCUUUUGCUUCUUCAUGUCUUCUUAUUUAAUUUGAAGUCCCAAUGUUAUUUUACUUUGACAUAUUGAUUGAAUAUUCAUUACAUAUGUGAAGUAUCCAAAAUCACUAAAGAUCAUGUAGGUUAUUUUUCUGAUCAGAUUUGAAUAAUGUAUUAAUGAAAAAUAUUUAUUUAAGGUAUAAAUCAUGGUUAUCAGG